AUGGGUGAUAGUGACGAUGAUUUUGAUAGUCGACGAAAUCGAGAUAAAUUCCGUCGUGAACGUGAUGAUUUCGGUGGAAAUCGAGGAAAUCAUAAUCGCGGUGGCGGUGGAGAAUGGAACGAUGGAAGAGAUCGAUCUAAUCAAUUUCGACGACAAUAUCCCAGUGGUCCACCGCCAGGACGCGACUUUCCACCACGAUACAAUCGAAGUCCAGCAAGAUAUGACAUGAGUCCACCACAAAAUAAACGUUUUCGUCGUGAUUGGGAUGGACCCGAUGCACCACCAUCUCAUUUCGAUUCACCUGGUGGUUCAUCUUACUUUCAUGGUGGCAAUGGAAACUUUCAUCCAAAUUUUCCUCCGAAUCCUGCUUCAAAUAACGAUCAGAUAAAUAAAGAUGCAUCCGAUAAUGCAACGCAGCCGCCAUUGCUCAGUUUUAAAACUUUUCUGCUGGAUCAAGAUGAUAAUAUCGAUCAAGAAGAAGCUGUUAAACGAUACAAUGUUUAUAAAACAGAUUUUAAGAAAAAUCAAAUAGCAGAAUUUUUUACAGCACAUAAAGACGAAGAAUGGUUUAAAUACAAGUAUCAUCCGGACGAAUUUCCUAAACGUCGUGAAGAGCAAAGGCAAAUCGUCAAAAAGCGUUUAGACAUCUUUAUGGAUUUAUACAAGAAAGGUUAUCUAAAUGAUGUUAGCCUCGACAGUGACAGCCAACAUGCACUAACAAGAUUUCUUGACGCUGCUGUCAUUAAAUUGGAAGGUGGAAGUGAUCGCGAUCUGCGAAUACUUGACGUUGUAUCAUCAUCGAACAAUGCAACAGAAGAUAAUGGAGACGGUGCAUCGAAACAAUCAUCACAUAAACCAACGAACGAUGAUACAAACUCGAAAAAGUUAUCAGUAAAUAAAAGAAAACGCGAAGGUAGUGCAUCUGAUGAUGGCGCAGUAUCUGAUACUGAUAAUGGAACUUCUCACGUUGAAUCCAAGAGUAAUAACGAGGUAAAAUCUUCGUCAUCACAAGAUAAUGAAUCCGAAGCAGGCGAAGUACCUGAUGCGCCGCGAUCUUUACACAAAACGUCAUCAAUAUUCUUCCGACAUUUGGCCAUGCAAACAACAAAGGAUGAUCUUGAAAACCUUUGCAAGCAAUAUGCUGGUUUUCGUCGUGUGUGUAUCACUGACCCAGCACCCGAAAGGAAAUUUUCUCGACGUGGCUGGGUCACUUUUGACCACAAUGUCGAAAUCCGUAAUAUUUGCUAUGAAUUGAAUUCAACCAAACUGCAUGAUGUUGACAUCGGUGCUAUUGUCAAUCGUGAAAUUAAAAAUCGUAUUCGUACUGUCAAUGGUAUUGAACACCAUAAAACUAUCGUACGCAAUGAUCUACGACAUAUUACAAAAAUUAUCAAGCUAUUCGACGAUCGAUGGAAUAUCUGGGAAUCGAUUGGCAACGAAACUGAACAGAAAAAGACAGAGACAACGACGAUCUCAACACCAACAGAUGAUUCCGAGAUUUCAUCAUCAACAAUGAAUGUAUCGCCUAUGAAAAAUAAAAAUCCAAUUGGUUUCGUUAGUUACAAUCCGCUAUUGAAAAAUAUCACUGAGUAUCUCGUAGAAGAAGGUGAUGCAGAAGAAGAAGAAUUGCUCGGUGGCGACUCGUCGACAAAUGAUGAAAAUACAUCGAGUUCGUUUGAGGUUGAUAAAGAGUUAACAAAAGUGCUCGAUCGUUUGAUUUUAUAUCUACGUGUUGUUCAUUCGAUUGAUUAUUAUAAUGGCUCAGAAUAUGCACAAGAAGAUUCAAUGCCGAAUCGUUGUGGUGUAAUACAUGUUCGUGGUGCACCGUUAACCUCCAUUACUCAAGCUGAAUUAAAGAACUUCAUCGAGCAAUUUGAAACACGUGUUAGACCACUAGUUGACUUUCAAGAGAAAAUCGAUGACGAUGAAGCUGGCAAAUUAGGUCUCAAAAGUGAACAAGAUGAGAUUGAAAAGUUUAUCAAUGCAAAUUGUCAAGAAGUUGGUCCUGAGAAAUGGUCGUGCCCAUUGAGUGGAAAGAAAUUUAAAGGUCCAGAAUUUGUUCGAAAACAUAUUUUGAAUAAACAUCAGGAUAAACUCGAUGAAGUGAAAAGAGAUGCUGCAUAUUUUAAUAACUAUCUCUAUGAUCCGAAACGGCCACAAUUGCCAGAGCAUCCAUCGAAUCGAGCAGGAGCACCUCAGGCAGGACCUCAUCCUUCAGGUCUACCAUUACCUACACCAAUGGCUGCUCAACCAUUAUUAUCCCGGCCACCAUUAUGGCCUUCAAUGUCUGGACCUCAACAUCAUGGGCCUCCAGGAGGUUAUUUUCCAAAUCACUUUCACCAACCUCGUCAUCAACGACCUCCGUUUAUGUAUCAAGGUGGUAGUGGACCUCCCAUUAGCUCGAAUCCUCGUCCACCGGGAAAUCGUCAAAUUCGAAGUUAUGAAGAUCUCGAUGCACCGAACGAAAUCUGA